GAUAACAGUAGGCGUUGUCUUAUUUAUACAAUUCUAUGCUGACAGUUAUUUUUAGUCUACGUAUGGUUUAGGAAAUGUAUUUUCUCUUAAAAUUUGUAUUUGUUAUUCAUAAACGAAAGUGAAAUUAAAUAGGAGGUGGUCACGUGUUUGCAUCGUUGUAGUAGGGAGAGAGAUAUCCAGAGUACGUACUACAUCCGUGAUUAGAUGAACAUGGCGCAGGGGAAACAGGCCCUCGGUGGACUGUAAACAAGAGGGAAUUUUGGGAUAACUUCGACAUCGUACCAUGCACGUGUGAAAUGGUCUCAAUCUCGAUAUACUGGGCCACUUGUUCUGCUUCAUUGAUGACUACGAGGCGACAGAUUGAGUGCAACACGUCCAAUUGCAUUCAUAAACAUUUCUAUAGGACUUCAAACCCCUGAGCAUUCAGUGUGUGGAUAUUUAAACAAAAAAGCCAUUUUUUUAUUGUGGAUGGCAUCCGUGCACGACCAAAUGGCUGCAGCUGGAAAAGUCAAACGGAGUAAAGAUCUGCCCCAAGGCGUUGAGAGGUUAAAAGAGGAGCACAGAAAGGUGGUGAAAGAUUGCAGAAGUCAAAUUGAGCACUGGAAAAAAGUGGAAAAUGACUAUGAAUCUCUUCAAGAGCGCCUCAGGACUUUGCCUGACAAGUUGUCUUAUGAUAUUAUGGUACCAUUUGGUCCCUUGGCUUUCAUGCCGGGAAAGCUAGUUCACACUAAUGAGUUAACGGUGCUCCUCGGGGAUAACUGGUUUGCAAAGUGUUCUGCCAAACAAGCUGAUGCUCUUGUGGAACACAGAAAGAAACAUGUCAAAAAUACGCUAGAUGACUUACAGAAAGUGAUGAAGAACUUUCAGAACAGAGCCGACUUUACAGAUGAUCUUGAAAAAUUGACUGGUGAUACUGGAGAUUUUGUAGACAUUAGAGAAGAAGUUAUAAAUGAGGAAGAAGUUACCAAAGGAAAACAUCGUUUGGCCCACAAAGCCAACUCUAAACCUAAGCAGGUGUAUUUGUUGGAGUUGGAAGAGGACAAGGAGAAGAAAGAAGGCGAUGACGAGAGAACGACAGGGGUGCUGUCAGAGGAGGAGCUGUGGGCUCGCCUUGAUGAACUAGAACGUCAGGAGGAACUUCAAGAUGAAAGAUACCGUUAUACUAGAUUGGACAGCACAGACACUAAUGGAGAAGACACCACUUCCUCCUCAGAGGAAGAGAAGGAAGCAGAUGGUGGCAGCGAUGUCCAGGUUAAUGGCCAUCAGAAGGAAAAUGGCUGGUUACCGACAUCUAUCACAAGUCAGAUGAACGGCACUAAUGGCUCGCACCCUGAGGAUGAGGAGGAGGAAGAUUGUGAUGAGGAAGCAGGCAAUGGUCUUCCAACUAUCUACUUUUCUCAUACUGCAGAAUUCAAAAAGGUCAGGAUAAAUACAGGCAAGAACACCACUCUAAAAUUCAGUGAAAGAAAUGAACAAAAGGCGCAAGCCAAGCGGAAAAAGAAAAGUGGCAAAAGCAACGGCCAUUCUCCUCAUGAAAGUUACAAGAUCACAAGCCCAGCAGACAUUUAUAGGGUGUUUGUGGACUUAGUGAAUGGAGAGCCAAUACCACGCAAGUCCAUUUUGAAGUCCCGCAGCCGCGAGAACAGCAUGUGCAGUGACACCAGCGAGAGCAGCACAGCUGACUUCGAAGAGCGCCGUGCUGCUUUUGGACGCUCGUGGAGCCAUGAUGACGCCACACACAGUGAUACCAGCGAUGGCAUUACAGAGGAGGAAAGCCCCACUGGAACGAGCCCCCGCACUAAUGGACGCUUUGAGGCUUUUACAGGCACAGUGAUUGAAAAGGAUCCCCUGCCUUGCUCUAUCCCACACCUAACCAUCGCUCCUCCUGCCUUACCCACAAUCCCUGAGAGAAAGCUGGAGGAGGUGGGCCCCGAAGCUCCUCAGGAGCCACCCAAGAGGAUGUCUAAGUUUAAAGCUACACAGUUGCAUCAGAAAUGAGUUCAUCUCAUCAGCACACAACUUCUGACUUUAUCAAUGGCUGUCCUCUUCCUCUGUCCUCCAUACUAUACUGUCAUCUGUCUUUUUUUUUUUUUGUGACAUGCCAUGCACCCUGGAAAUUUAAUUUGCUCUAUAAGAGUAAUUAAUAGAGAUGAUAAAUGAUUUCCCUAAUGUUUGCUUUUUUUUAAAUGCCAGAUGGUUUGUUUAAAGAGAUAGUUCA